CCCGGCCGAUUGAUCGAGGGUAAUCAGCCUUGGCGCCACUCCAGUAAAAAGGAAUCCGACACGCGAAGAACCGAUCUGAUCGGAUCGGGAAUUCUCGAGGAAAGGGGGGCGUCGACUUGUGCGUUGAUUCCCUCGAAAUCGCGAAUGCUCGAUCGACCGCCGCGAGAGAGAGGCCUGUCCAUCUCUUCUCCCUCGUAGCGGAGAUUCGACAGACGUAGGACAUAUAGAAGGCGAUCGAUCUGGUCUCGUCCUUCGUUUGGAUCGGGAAGGAUGAUAACGCGAUCGAACCUUGUGGAGCAGCUGAGAGAGUACCAGAUGCGACCCAAGUACGAAUGGGCCACCGUCUCCUUCUUCUCCUCCUACGCCGCCUCCGAUGCCUCCGCCCGGGUGGAUGUGAUACUUGUGAUAUGGGAGCUGUUGAUGUUUGCUUUCCUUGUUUUCUCAGGAGUUGCUUUGUACUUCAGGUAUAUGAAGAUUGUUUUUCUCCUAAUGUGUCUUACCACUCUUAUGCUUGUGUGCAUGAAAGUAACAAAGCAAGUAGGACAAAACAGGAAGAGUAAGCGAAGAAUGCUCCUCCCACUGUCGAUGUAAACUCUCGAUGACCAUCCCAUUCUUGUGCAAAGGAUUUUGCAGCCAAAAUUCAUUGCUACCUUUCUUUGUAUCUAUCU